GCUAUUUUGGCUUGGCUGGUGAGGGAAGUUCCCAUUUGGCUGAUCAGCUUGACAGCAACCUCACCUCCGCAACAGAGGCUCCUGACAGAGCUGAGCAGUUAGCUGAUAUUAUUGCAGAAUACUUUGCCAUUUCUGACACCAGGGGACGUUUACAAAUUUAAGAGAGGUGAUGGAGAGACUGUCCGACACACCCCGUUCCAGCGGAAGACCAGCUCUUGAUAUCCCUUGUGAGGUUAUUGAGACAUACCUGUUAACAGGAUUGAAAGUCAAGGAAAUCGCGGAGCUUUAUGGAGUGUGUCAGAAAACCAUCCAUCGGCGGAUGCAACAACAAGGUUUGAGAACAUCAGACUUCUAUGCCAACAUCACCAAUGCUGAGCUGGAUGACACCAUUUUGGAAAUUCAUAGAGCUCACCCUCAAACAGGCUACAGAAUGAUGAAAGCCUUUCUACAGGCAAGAGGACUACGAGUUCAGGUUUCAAGGGUACGUGAGUCAUUGAGAAGAGUGGAUCCGUAUGGAACAGAAUUGCGAGCCCUGGCCAAUCACGCGCUUCACCGCAGACAGUACUCCUUUCCUGCCCCCAAUGCAAUGUGGCACAUAGAUGGAAAUCACAAAUUGAUCAGGUGGAGAUUUGUGAUUCACGGUGGAAUUGAUGGCUUCAGCCGUCUGAUUGUGUACCUGACCGCGGCCACUGACAACCGGGCAUCCACGGUGCUGGACAGUUUUCUUGUUGCUGUUAACCAGUUUGGUGUGCCAUCUCGUGUUCGGUCAGACAAGGGUAUGGAAAACGUUGAGGUGGCGCAUUUCAUGGUACAAAAUCGUGGGGAGAACAGGGACUCUCACAUCACCGGGAAAAGUGUACAUAAUCAAAGGUUUGAACGCUUAUGGAGAGAUGUGUACCAGCAAGUACUGGACCUGUUCCACACACUCUUCAGAAACAUGGAGGCAGAGGGGAUAUUGGAUCCUGACAACAACAUCCAUGUCUUUGCGCUACACUGGAGCUUCCUGCCACAACUACAACGGCAACUUCACUUCUUUAAGGAAGCCUGGAACCUCCAAAGCCUCAGAAGAGAGGCCCGUCAGUCUCCAUACCCACUCUGGACACGAUCGAGAGAGGCCGAGGAUAUGGCGUGUAUUAUAAGACGUCUGUCUGUGGUGGAGGACGAAUAUGGCAUAGACUGGGAUGGGCCACAUGAGCACGAAGCUACAGGACUUCCAAUUCCUGAUGUUGUACUGCCUCGAGAACUCACAGCGGAGGAGACAGCAGGACUACCUACCCGGGAUGUGUCCCUCAUGGACGCAGUUGAUGUUUACACUGAAACAGUUGAGCAGCUGAUGGAAAUGUUGGGAGAAUCAGCUUGAGACAAAACAUUUAAUUGCCAAGGCAAUAAAAAAAAUCUACUGCUUUCAAAUACAACUGGAUUUUUCAACAGUCUUAUAUAAUCAACUGUAAAUAAUUACCUGCAGUGUUGUUUGCAUUUACGCAUUUUUGUUGCCUUAUGUUGGUGUGAAGUAAAGUGAAAGUAGUGCCUCUACAAACAACCAUAUGUUACAAAAUAAACCAUUGUUUCUGGAC